CUUUUCUAAUCUCGUUUUCUUCUCAACUUGUCAUGACCUCAUGACCAUGGUGCUGAAGUAGUUAGCUAGCUGGUUUCUUUGGUUUUGAAGGCAAAACAAAACACCAACUACCAUAACACUCCAAUGUCUUCAUAGUAUUCUCCGCCAUCACAAAUACAAACUAUAUCUUACCCACAACAAUGCAAGCUCUCAUUCACUGUUCUCAUUCCCAUUCCCAUUCCCUUCUCAUCCUUCGCAACCCUCCACCUUCUCCUUCUCCUUCUUCGUUCUCUGCCAUGUCUUCUUCUCUCACUCUUCCUUCCUUCUCCCCCUUCUUCUCCAAUGGCUCACCUCGAACCCUCGCUCUCAGGAACACCCCUCCUCGAUCUAGGGUUUUCAUGACCCUCUCUGCUGGAUCUCAGGUCUCCGUUCGCGAUGAUUCGUUUGCUGAUUACAAGGCUUCCACUGCUUUCCUCUUCCCCGGACAGGGUGCGCAAGCUCUUGGAAUGGGAAAAGAAGCUCAGAAUGUUCCUGCUGCUGCGGUUUUGUACAAGAAGGCGAAUGAGAUAUUGGGGUUUGAUCUUCUUGAUAUAUGCAUCAAUGGGCCUAAAGAAAAGCUAGAUUCCACCGUUUUCAGUCAGCCUUCUCUUUAUGUUACAAGUCUUGCUGCAGUAGAACUACUUCGUGCACGUGAGGGAGGUCAGCAGAUUAUUGAUUCAGUUGAUGUUACAUGUGGUUUAAGCCUGGGAGAAUAUACUGCUCUUGCAUUUGCUGGGGCUUUCAGCUUUGAAGAUGGACUCAAGUUGGUCAAACUGAGGGGUGAAGCCAUGCAGGAUGCUUCAGAUGCUGCUAAAAGUGCCAUGGUUAGUGUGGUAGGACUGGACUCAGAGAAGGUCCAACAAUUGUGUGAUGCAGCCAAUCAGGAAGUUUCUGAAGCUGAUAAAGUUCAAAUUGCCAAUUAUCUAUGCCCAGGAAACUAUGCUGUGUCUGGAGGCAUAAAAGGAGUAGAAGUGGUAGAAGCCAAGGCAAAGUCUUUCAAGGCUCGAAUGACUGUGCGCCUAGCUGUUGCUGGUGCUUUUCACACGAGUUUUAUGGAGCCAGCUGUGUCAAGGUUGGAAGCUGCAUUGGCUGCAACAGAGAUCAGAACCCCAAGAAUACCGGUAAUCUCCAAUGUGGAUGCACAACCGCACGCAGAUCCUGACACAAUUAAGAAGAUAUUGGGACGUCAGGUUACUUCCCCCGUUCAAUGGGAAACAACAGUGAAGACUCUUCUAAGCAAGGGGCUCAAGAAAGGCUAUGAACUGGGACCUGGAAAGGUUAUUGCUGGAAUUGUCAAAAGAGUAGACAAAAGUGCUGAAAUUGAAAAUAUAGGUGCUUAGGAAGACAAUGGGACCUUUCUCUUUCUGUGGCUUCCAAUGAACAAACAACUAUUUCAUUGUUUUCACCUGAAAUGUGUGCGCUAAAUCAAGAGAACGCAGUGUACUUGAAGAUGAUUCUAUAAGCAAAGAGGACCUGCAAUCAGAUUUGAAUGCCAGUUUUGAAGUUAAAUGUAAUUCAGAAAUUGUCAGUACCAAGAAUGAGUUUGAUUAGUGUUUGUAUUCGGUGCUAGAAUUUAUCUUAUUAAAUGUUAUCCACAUCACCACAUGGAGUUAGUACCAUGCUUUGUACCAACUAUAGCUUUAUGCAGGUUCAAUAAAAUAUAGAAGUUACAAUACCGUAAAA